GAAGGUGUUUUUAGGCCAGUCAUGAGAAUGUGACCCAUGGGCGAUGAAUGAAUCAGCACCGCCAGGGAAGCGUCCGCAGGUGUUACACCUGCGCGAACCGGCCGCAUGCAGGCGCUUACACGGUCUUGCAGAAUAAAGUGCUCGGGUCCAAAGAAGCAGCAUCCGGAUCAUCAAUGAAAGAUUAGUUGAUGUACACACCUGAUCUGUGUAUGCUAUGGGGAAUUGCUGGGCGCAAUGUUUGGGGCUCUUUAGAAGGGAAGCAAACAGAAUCCAAAGAGGAGGAGGGUCAAAGUACUUCAGAAGUAGCACAGCUGGGGAACACCAUACCAUAGAGUUUGAGAACCUAGUGGAGAGUGAUGAGGGUGAGAGCUCGCAAAGCUGCCUCAGGCCCAUCAGCGAGGAUGAGAUUUUCCACUUGAAGAAUUAUCGCUAUGCUGCCAUCUCAGACAAACAGGUGCUAAUUGACGAAAAGCUGAAUGCCGAGUUAGUGGCAGAAGAGGAGAAGUUAAGGCUAGAAGAGGAGGCAAUAUUUGCAGCCCAGCGUGAGGCAGCGCGGCUCGCUAAGGAGAAAAAGCAAAAGGAGGGGAAGCAGCAUCAACAGAGGACCAAACCCAGAACAGAACCAGUAGGCAAUGACCCUCGGCCCAAACCUAAUCCAUUAGAUGGAGAGUUCGAGGUGUACCUGCAGAGUGUGAAAAAUCAGUCGGAAGUGUUUCGCAGUAACCGACUGAGCUCAGAGACUAACGUGGUGACCCCGAAUACAGAGAGCAGCUUGGACUUCACCAGUAAAACUGACGCCACCUCACUGGACUUGGAGUGGGAGGAUGAGGAGGGAAUGAACCGGAUGGGUCCUGCAUGGGAGCGUUCCAAAACGGAAGAGGACAUUUUACGGGCGGCACUUCGUCCUGGUGGGAAACAGCUGGGCAGUGGCCCCACCUCCACCUCUGAGGACUCCAACGCUCUGGAGUGGGAGAACGACUUUAUCAGUGCUCAUCCCGAGGACAGUGGUGACCAUGGCGAUGAAGACUUUGAAGGAUUUGUUAAUCCAGUACUGGACACGCCCACCGGGGAGACGGAGCUUAAGCCUAGCUCUGACCAGCAAGAGAGAUAGUCCUCAUAAGACUACAGUGAUGCGUUACUCAAGUUCAGUGUAAUAUCACUGUGGAGAGUUCAGGAGAAAAUUCUCCGAGCACCAACAUGAUGAUUGUCAAGAAAAAAUACAAGGAACUACCCACACCAAGAACCGUUUCAUUUGAUUUGUAUUUGGUCUUUGGGUGAAAAACUUGGAAACAUGUCCAGGUCACGUUCCAUAUCAAAAUCGAAGGAAAAAAAUAUAUGUAUUUUUCAGAGACAAUUCAAAUGUCCAUUGAGAGAUUUUUCAUUGUGAUUAGUACCUUCGCACGGUCAAAUUCUGUGGGCAAAAUAUAGUCAUCUUAAUCUGUGCGAUCCUGAAUUUCGCAUGACUUCCAGUGGCGAAGAAUUUCCCAUUGCAGAUUUCGUGUGGAGUUCAAGUUUGGUGAACUUUCACAGGUGAAAUCGUCGCAUUGACCAAUAGGAAGUUGCUUGGUUUGGCAGUGUGGGUGGUGCUUCUUAGAAAGCUACACUGACUUCUAAUAUUCAAUAGUGAGUUAUUUUUACAGUCGCGGAUUCCACUAUGCAAAGGUAAAUGUGACCAUGCCUUUAAGCACAUUUCUCCCCAAAUUCUGUCAUGAGAUUGUCAUUAGAUUCUCAUAACUAUAUUUGUUUUACACAAAAAUACAAUACAGCAUUUUCUUUAAAUAAGAAAAAAAUACUUUAAUGGAGUUCUUUUAUUUAAAUCGGCAUACAUACUUUUUUUAUUUUGUAUUUUUUUAUUAUAAUUUUUUUUUGCAUUUCAGUAAAGAUAAUGGGAAGGGUUAUAAAUUGAAAAAUGUAUUAAAAAUAAGGCAAAUUCAAGAUUAUAAAUUUCACAAUGCAAAGCAUUUUCAGUUCUUAUGAAAUAUGACCUGGACACGUUCUUGAGUUUCACCCCAUUAGUUUCUGCAUUCUGUGUUUUUAAAUCUCAAAACUAGAAACUUAAAGGGAUAGCGCACUCAAAUUGAAAUUCUCUCAUCAUUUACGCACCCUUAUACCAUCCCAGAUGUAUAUGGCUUUCUUCAGCAGAACACAAAUGAAGAAUUUUGGAAGAAAAUCUGUUCUUAUGGUUAAUACAAUGCAAGUGAAGGCAACAUUUUGAAUCUCCUAAAAUCAAAUAGGUCUGCAUAAAAGUAGUCUAUAUGACUCCAGUGGUUAAAUUAAUGUCUUUAAAAGUGAUUUGAUAGGUGUGGGUGAGAAACGGAUAAAUAUUUUAUUAAAUUUUUACUAUAAAUUCUCCUUUACGCAGUCAAUCUCCACUUUAACUUUCACAUUCUUCUUCUUGUGUUUUUGGUGAUUCACAUUAUGCAUACGCUCCCUACUGGGUGGCGAGAAGAAUUCCUAGCAAAAAUUGACAUAAAUAUUGAUCUGUUUCACACCCACAAAUAUCAAAUCACUUCUGGAGACAUGGAUUUAACCACUGGAGUCUUUAUGUGCUUUUUGGAGUAUCAACAUUUUGGCACCGCUUUUACUUGCAUUGUAUGGAGAGCUGAGAUAUUCUUCUAAAAAUCUUAUUUUGUGUUCUGCUGAAGAAAGUCAAACACAUCUGGUGAGUAAAUGAGAAUUACAUUUUUGGGUGAACUAUCCCUUUAAGAAGUCAUUAAAGGGAUUAUGACAUGAGGAAUCAAACUUUCCUCGAUCUUUUGACAUGUAAGUGAUUAUUGUAUUAUAAAAACAUAUCGUCGGUUUCAGAAUUCCCCUGAAACAAAAGAGCAUUUUUUUUAAAACCUAGCUGCCAAAACGACUCGUUCUCUUCUUCCCACACAUUAUGAUGUCACACUGUGGUAGACAUUUGCCCAGAAGCACAUCAAUGCCUACUUUACCUUAAAUCACUUCUGUAGCACUCCCAGCAACUGUGAGCAAUGAGACGGAAAGUAGAGGGCUGGUUAGUCAAGAGCAGGGAGCCAAUCAUAACAGUGGGCGUUUACUGUUAAGUCUUAGAGGAGAAGUAGCACCAAAACCGAGUGUUUCUGACAGAGGGUCCGAAUGAAAUUCGGUCAUGUUUUACAAAUAUAUAACUGUUUUUUGUACAAAGUUCAGCCUUAUUUCAGAAGAUUAUCAUGGAACUGAAUCAAGUGCAAUUUUUGAAGAGUUUCCUGGCAGCAUGUUAAGAUCACUCAUAUGAGCCACAUAUCUUUUCCAAAACCAUGGGAACCCUUCAUUCAGCCUUAUCAUCUAAAGUUUGAAACCAUCAUGGAGUCUGAUGACACUGAACAAUGUUUUAAGUGAAAACACUUGUUGCUUGAAUGGAACAGUCAAAUUGGGGAAUGUUGAAGUUCCACAAGUGCUGUUAACAUUUAAAGUCACUGUUUAUCUGCCUGCAAAAUGACUGCGGGACAAAGAGUUUGUAGUUUUUAAAAACAGCCAGUGAGUUUUCUCUACACUUAUUUGGACAACAUGGACAGAAGAGGGGAAAUACUUUAAUGUAGCACAAAUCUAGAUCUGCUACCUCAGGUUUUGAUAAUCCUGACACUAUUGAAUGAAUCCAUUACCUGCUGUCUUACUGAGUCUAUGAAAUCUUAGUGAAUUAAUGGAGGAUAUAUCUUAUAUUAAUUGCUAUAUUGGUUUACAUUUUUAAAUGUAAGGACAGAUCAUUUUUCAACUGCAAUACAGAAGGUGUUAUGGGGAAUCUGUGGGUAAUCCUAAAAUUGUCUUAUCUGCAGAAAGAAAAAGGUAUUUCUCUAAAGGCUUCUUUCUGAUGGUUUAGUAUUUUCUUAAAAAAAAAAAAAAAUCUGGGUAUAAUACAAGUUAAGCUGAAUCGACAGCACUUGUGGCAUCAUGUUGAUUACCACACGUAAAAAAAAAAAGAAAAAAAAAAAGUGGUUGUAGUGAGGCACUUACAAUAAAUGUGAAUGGUUAUGCUGUCAUGAAAGCAAAGUUGAAAUAUUGGAUAAGUUUAGCAAGUAAUUUUUUUCCAUUUUUAUGUUUGUGGUCUGGCGACAUUCACUUCCAUUGUGCCUCACUGUAACCAAGAUUUAUUAUUUUUUUUUAACUCACAAAUGCUGUUGAUUGAUUUUAAAUUGUAUUAAACCUGGAUCGCUCCUUUUGAUAUUGGGUUCAUUUUUUUUGUUUUCUGUCCAAACUGCUUAAAGAUAUUGUUGACCUAAAUAUGAAAAUGCUGCCAUCAUUUACUCACCCUCAAGUUGUUCCAUACAUUUAAAGGACAGGUGAGGAACAAAUUAAAAAUUCACUGAAAAUCUCACUUUAAAGUGACUUUCAUGCUGUAGAAAAGAACAGUAUGAAUAUUCUGCUUACAUCUCCUUUUGAGCUCCAUAGAAGAAAGAAAAUUAAAUGGAUUUGGAACGAAAUAAGGGUGAGGAAAAUAAAGACAGAGCUUUCAUUAAUGGGUCAACUAUUUCUUGAAGUUGAGCCCCAUACUCUCUUCCAAAAGUACUGAAAUCUACACGAUGAUUUGCAAAUGUGUUUUUAAUGAAUGCCAAUCUGUAUAUAAUGGAUUGUAAAGUGUAAAAACACUAAAGGCCUUUACGAUUAGUUGUAAAGGCAGGUUGAAUGGACCUUCUGUAGAAUAUCUUGGCAACCAGGAGUCUUCUGUACAGCACUGUCAUGUCAUUGUAUUAUUUUACCAGCACACCAUUAAAAGAGCUCUUAACAGACAUAUACUCUCAUGUCAAAAGAAUGUAAAGGGUGCAUAAUCAGUGCAGUGGUGUUUUGUUUUUUUUAUUACCAUGUAUUAUGUGCUGUAUGAAGAGUUUGUAAAGAUAGAUGAAUAAAGGUUUGUCUCUGCCAGUCAGAGUUCAACAGAUGCCUGUGUGAUGAUAACUUUUAGAAAAGUAUUUAAAACAGUAGCUCAUUUGA